ACCCUAACCCCCUUCUUCCCUCUCUUCUCCACAGCGUACUAACCUGUAACCACCAGGCUCCUCUGCACAACACUGUCUUCAAGUUCCGAAUUCGCAAGCUGCUGUCCUCUUUCCAUUAUCGCUUUAUUUUCUUUGUUGUCCUCAUCAACUUUUGGUAUUCUGUAGAAACUCAAUGCCCUGAGCAUUGUGAAUCUGAUGGGGCGUCACUCCUCCGAAUCUCCUCCGCCUAGGGCUCGCGGGAGAAGCCCAGCAUCCUCCUCGCGAAGAGACCGGGAAAGGGAAAGAGAAAGAGAACGAGAAAGAGACAGAGACAGAGAAAGAUCACCCUCUCGCCGGCAUAGGCAUUCCCAUUCCCACAAGCAUGAUGUUUCUCCGGUGAGGGACCGGAGCAUUUCUCCGCCGCCUUCAGAGAAGCGCCACCAUUCAAGUCGUGGGUCGGCGAGACCGGUCAGGGAGAGCUCUGAGUCUCCGGUAGCUCCUACUCGCUCUCGCUCUCCCUCGCCGCGAACAAAGCGAUUGAAGAAAGCUCAAGCUGGCCGUGACAGUGAGCAAAAUCAUGGGGGUGGCAGAGGAACUGAUAGGGAUAGAGACAGAGAUAGAGGAAGGGGUUCGGAUAGAGAUAUGGUGAUUGAACGAAAGGAGAAGAGGUCUUCUGGAAGGGAUGAAAUUGAUGAUAACCACAAUGACAGCGGCAGAAACAGGUCUUCAAGGUCCAGACAUGAGAGGCCUACUACUUCUCCUGAGCAUCAUCGCAAUGGCAGGAACAGGCACAGAUCUCCGUCUCCUCAGCAUCUGAUGGCUCGUGAUGAGAUGACAAAUUCAAGAGGAACUGAACACGGGGAUGAUGAGAAUGAUUCAGUAGCAAAGAUGAAGGCAGCUGAAGAGGCUUUGGAAGAGAAACAGAAGCAUAAACCUUCGUUUGAGCUGUCUGGAAAGCUUGCUGCAGAAACCAACAGAGUCAGAGGUGUUACAUUGUUAUUUAAUGAACCUCCAGAGGCUAGAAAACCUGAUAUAAAGUGGAGGCUUUAUGUGUUCAAGGGUGGUGAAGUGCUAAAUGAGCCCCUUUACAUACAUCGACAAAGUUGUUAUCUUUUUGGAAGGGAAAGAAGGGUUGCAGAUGUCCCAACAGAUCAUCCUUCCUGCAGCAAGCAACAUGCUGUUAUCCAAUUUAGGCAAGUCGAAAAGGAGCAACCUGAUGGUAUGAUGUUGAAACAAAUAAGGCCUUACUUAAUGGACCUCGGAAGCACCAACAAAACUUUCAUUAAUGAGAGCCCCAUUGAACCUCAACGUUAUUAUGAGCUACGUGAGAAGGACACAAUUAGAUUCGGCAACAGUAGCCGAGAGUAUGUGUUAUUACAUGAAAACUCUAUUGGGUGAUGAGCAGAGUCUUGGUCAAAUCUUGCCCUUUCUGCUCAUUGGAAGUGACAAACACUCCCAUCAGCAGGUUAUUUUGAUCAUGUUCAUCUUCUGUGUAUUUAAUUUCGCUUGAUAGAUGCCAUGUUGCUUGAAUUUUGGUAAUUUUUUCUGUAGAAUACAACACCAAGAUAUCAAAAAAAAAAAAUAUUGGCUGUAACACCUAGUGUAUGCGCUUAUGAAUGUUAAUGAGAUGCGAUUAGACUUUAUUUUAAUAAGACGAUGGCAUUGUUAAUUUCAAAA